GGGAAACAGGCAGUAAGAAAAAGAUCCCAUACACACCAGUGAGAACUGCCAGACAUGAUGGAAGAACAAAGUUUGGAAUGAGUAAAAUAAUACUGUGUUUUCAAAGAACAAUGGAAAGACUUAAGGCGUGAAGUCCGCGAACACCGAAAACAACCGAGGGAACUGCAGGAUGACGAUUCUGAGGAAAACAGGAGACAAUAUGACAAACUAAAAAGGUGAGCCUGGCAUGGUGAUGAACACUCCUGCUCCUACAGCGCCCCCAAGUGGACAUGCGCCGCAACCACAGCCCAUAGUGCCUUUGUACAAUUUCCCCCUCAGACCUAUGGGAACCCACCAUCACCCAGAAUGCCACCUAUACAAUGCUGGGGGUGUGGACAAUUUGGACACAUGAGGAACCAAUGUCCACAAAAUCCUCAAUAUUAAGGAUGGUCUACAACACCUGGAGGGAGAGGAAAUUUCAGAGGAGGAAACAGGAGGAUACCAACAAAAAGGUGGAUAUCAGCAGCAACCCCAAACCUAUGGAGGACCUCCCCAGCAGGCACAAGGAGGUUACAAGCCUGGUCCUGGCCACUAAGGAAAUCAAUCAAUUUCCUAUGGAGGAAAUCAACCACAGAGAGGGGGAAGAGGUGGUGUCUGGCCACAAGGAAAUCAGAACACCAACAGUUCUUAUUUUCCUGACGAUCAGCAAUGAAGAGGCCCAGACCCUUUCCUCCAUUGUCCCCAGUACAUAUUCGAAGAUGGGGGAGGGGAAAAGGACCAAAUAAUCAAACUUCGGGUACAUGGAAGAACUAACCCAUUCUUAAUUGACAUUGGAGCCCACUGUUCUUGCUAAGGUGCACCAGCCUGACCUCUGACACUGCCCUGACGGUUUUGCAUAUAUAGAUCAAACUACAGGGAUGAAACAUGCAGGGUUUGGUAUUGAGACAAUUGAUAGAACCACUCACAUACAACAACCAUUACCAGAUACUUUCUCAGCUCAACAGGCUGAACUUUUGGCACUAAUCACUGCCUGUAAAAUGGGAGAAGGGAAAAGGGUUACAAUCUUCUCUGAUUCCGCUUAUGCAAUAGGGGUUUGUCUCUCCUGGUGUGGUGUCUGGAGGAGUAGGGGUUUUCACAAUGCUUGUGGAAGUCCUAUUCGUAAUAGAACUAUGGUUUUAGAUCUCUUGGAGGCUAUGAUGUUGCACUAUGCUUUGGCUAUUGUGAAGGUUGCUGCUCACACUGGGGGGGAAAUAUUUUGUGAGAAUGGGUAACACCAUGGCAGAUGAGGCUGCUAAAUUGGCUGCCUCAAAGUGUCAUGGCCACUCCAUGUUCUUCUCUGCUACUGUUGGGAAAGACACUGAUUUGGCAUCUAAACAGGCUUUAGAUGUUGGUUUUCAUUUGCUAUGGCAACAGUGGGGUUGUAAACUUGACCCCGUUUCUAACAUUUGGAGACAGACUCUGUCUGGCAGACCGUGUCUGCCAGCUUGUCUUAUCGCCUCUGUAUGCCAAGUGGCCCAUGGUAUGGCCCAUUUGUCAAGGGGGGAUAUGAUAGAGGCCAUUUCUUUGGAUUGGUUUUGUCCAAAUUUGACUCAGCAUGUGAAACAGUUUCUGUUUCAAUGUGCUACGUGCAUGCAAAUUAACAUUGCCAAAGGAACACCUCUGAAACCAGGUAAUUUCCCUACGCCAAGAGGACUCUUUGUCCAUCUUGCCAUGGAUUUUAUAGAUCUUGCAAAAAGAAAGGAAAAAGUACUGUUUAGUCCUUAUUGACAGGUUCACCUUGCAAUGCGCAAUGAUGGAAAUGUACUGGGUAAAUGGAGAUGUACUGCUUUAGUUCUCAGGCUGAGAAUUGUCUGCAACUGCUGAUAGUUACGCAGGCUCAAGGCCGAGAUAGUAGAGUGAGAAACCACAGUCUAGACAUGUUUUUCUCAUCUUCGAUACUUUGUAUCUAAUCCAAUGCAACAAUGUUAAGAUAUGAUUGACAGUAGGUUGUAUAAAGAGUGUGGUCUCCUGUUUCGCGACACAUAUCUUUACUGUAGAUUACUGAGGUACUCUGUAUGUGAAUCUCUGUCUGCAAUUGCAUUUUAUUACUAAAGAGUUUCAUACCAAGGUUCCUGUGUCUGUGUCAAAGGACCACCCAACAACUCCCAAUCACAGCCGGUUCGAACCAGGGAUCAAACUAGGGUCUGUAGUGACGCCUCUAGCACUGAUAUGCAGUGCCUUAGACCGCUGUGCCACUAAGGAGCCCAAAGUAAAAGGCACAUGACAGCCCUCUUGCACCUAAAGGACUCUCAGACCAUGAGUAACAAGACUCUCUAGUCUGAUGAAACCAAGAUUGAACUCUUUGACCUGAAUGCCAAGCGUCACUUCUGGAGGAAACCUGGCACCAUCCCUACGGUGAAGAAUGGUGGUGGCAGUAUCAUGCUGUGGGUAUGUUUUUCAGCGGCAGGGACUGGGAGACUAGUCAGGAUCGAGGGAAAGAUGAACGGAGCAAAGUAGAGAUCCUUGACAAAAACCUGCUCAAGACCUUAGACUGGAGUGAAGGUUCACCUUUUCAACAGGACAACGACCCUAGGCACACAGCCAAGACAACGCAGGAGUGGCUUCGGGGCAAGUCUGAGUGUCCCGCCCAGACUUGAACCUGAUCGAACAUCUCUGGAGACCUGAACAUAUCUGUGCAGCGAGGUAUUCUUAUCCAACCUGACAGCGCUUAAGAGGAUCUGCAGAGAAGAAUGGGGAAAACUCCACAAAUACAGGUGUGCCAAGACUCGAGGCUGUAAUUGCUGCCAAAGGUGCUUCAACAAAGUACUGAGUAAACGGUCUGAAUACUUAUGUAAAUGUGAAAUUUCUGUUUUUUAUUUGUAACACAUUAGAAAAAUAUUCUAAACGUUUUUUUCUUUGUCAUGGGGUAUUGUGUGUAGAUUUAGGGGGAGAACAAUGUAAUCCAUUUUAGAAUAAGGCUGUAACAUAACAAAAUGUGGAAAAAGUCAAGGGGUCUGAAUACUUUCCGACUGCACUGUAUGCUAAUGAUAUUUGUUGUUAGUUACUACACAGUGAAGGCAAUUUGCCCACCUUUAAAGCUUAUUUUAAAGCAUGUGGUUUAUUUAAUCCAACGAGUAUCUAUUAUAUUGACAAGUAAAUCGUGUGACCACUCUUACAAUGGAACUGCAUGUCCUCAAAGAUGGAAGUCAGGCGGGAGGCGAGAUCAGGUGGGACAAUUCUAGCCAAUGGGAGGGUAUAUACGAGUGUGAACAAAAGGCACAAGUCCGAUAUAAAUUCGUUUUUUUCCUAAGUUGCCGAAAUGACACGUGCAUCCACUUAUAUCAGUGCAAUCGUAACAACCGAACCAUUACGACACCUCUAUCCGAUCAAAUAAGCUUCACGUAGCAAAUUAGUAAUUGUUUGUUUAACAAAUUCGACACUCAUUGACCUCCAUACAAAAAUUCAUCACUUUGAUCUUAUUUUCGCGGUGACUCUUGUACGUGCGCGUUCCCAAACCUGACGCGUCCUUCCUUUUAUCAAAAAAUUCCCUCCCAUUUCCUAUACGUUAUCAUCAUCCACCCACCCUCUUCUGUGAUUGAGCGAAAGCCUUGUUUACGCGCGCGCGUUCCCAACAGACAUCAGUGGGGAGCUGUCCAGCCAGCGAUUUGAAGUAGUCUUCUUGCCCGGCUACUGCUGUCUCUUGUCUGUCCAGGAAUGAGAAGUGAUGGCCGGCUCUACAACAGAGGAGAAAACCUUCCGAAGGUUCUUGGAGCUCUUCCUCCGAGAGAUGAGGCCACCACUCCAGGAGAACGACCCUGUCCCAAUGCGCCCUUUAUCGGACCUCACCUCGGCGGACGAAGUGGAAGGGGAAUGCCUCGAUAUGUGUCUUCAGCACCUGUGCAAAUAUAACUGCCCCUUCUCCCUGGCGGCUGCCCUGGCACGGGCUACAACAGACAGUGUUCUGCAGAGUGACCUCUCCAUCUACCACAUCCAGAAGACUGUUGAGGAUGGAGUAGACCCUUUCCCCCAGAUUGAGUCGGUGGCAUUUGCCAGGCUCAUUUUCAACAAACUGUGUGAAACAUGCUGCCUGUGGCUGAAAGACUUCCCUUACCGCCGCCGGCCUCAGCCCUACUAUGAGACUUCCAUCCAUGCCAUCAAAAACAUGCGCCGCAAGAUGGAGGACAAACAUAUCGUCAUCCCCGACUUCAACACUCUCUUCAACAUACAGGACCAGGAGGAGCAGGCCUUCUUCGCCGUGUUCGAUGGCCACGGGGGUGUGGACGCUGCCAUCUACGCCGCCAACCACCUCCACGUCAACAUGGUGCAACAGGAGUGCUUCAGCCAGGAUCCAGGGGAGGCCCUUUGUCGCGCCUUCAGAGUCACUGACGAACGCUUCAUCCGGAAAGCUAAGAUGGAGAACCUGCGCUGCGGCACCACGGGAGUGGUGACCUUCCUGAGGGGGCGGACCCUGUACGUGGCCUGGCUGGGGGACUCUCAGGUCAUGCUGGUCAAGAAGGGCCAGGCCGUGGAACUGAUGAAGCCUCACAAGCCUGACAGAGAGGAUGAAAAGCAGCGUAUUGAAGCUCUGGGAGGCUGUGUCAUCUGGUUCGGCACAUGGAGGGUUAAUGGCAGCCUGUCCGUAUCCAGAGCCAUAGGCGACAAUGAGCACAAGCCCUACAUCUCUGGCGAUGCCGACCACCACAUAGUCACAUUGGACGGCACGGAGGACUACCUGAUCUUGGCCUGCGAUGGCUUCUACGACACAGUCAGCCCUGAUGAGGCGGUGCGUGUGGUCAGUGACCACCUGACGGAGAACAGUGGCGACAGCACCAUGGUGGCCCACAAGCUGGUGGCCUCGGCCCGUGAUGCUGGCUCCAGCGACAACAUCUCCGUCAUUGUGGUCUUCCUUAGAGACCUCCGCGCUACCCCCCCGGGAGAGGAGGAGGGGGCAGGGGAGGAGGUAAAGGAUGAGGAGGUGGAGGAGGAAGGGCAAGGGGAGAUGGCAUGCCAGGACGGGGGUACCGCGGACGUUGGGGGGAAGGGUCACUGUUUCCUGCAGCAGUGCUCGGCUCCAGCCGACCUGGGCUAUGAAGACCGCAUGGACUCGUUGACGGACAGAACCAGCCUAGGCCUGCUGGGGCCCACGCUGGGAGAGGAGGGUCCGAUCAGGCUCCCCCUGGCCAGCUCACACCCGUCCCUGUCCUUAGGCCUCACCCAGAACCUCAUGCCUGCCGAGAGCCAUGGUGCGGGCUGGUUGCCCUGUCUAGAAGAGGGGCUAAAGGGCUUCAGGCACAAGCCCCGGCCUAAACUCCAAAUCCCCACCUGCCAGGAGCCCAGCUCAGAUGGACAAUGGCCCCUGGCGGCUGCCCUGUUUGGCUACGCGGGGAGGCACACCCGGAGGAUGGAGUGCGUGAGCCCCAGGUGGGGGUCCCGGGAUUGGGGCAGAGCGCCCAGGGAGCUCCCCGGCCUGCUGCACUCCACCCGUAGUGUGCCCUACCCCCAGCGCUGCCCUGAGAGAAGGCCUGGGGUGGCCCUCCCCCACCUACCCAACGGCAGCAGAGUCUGAUGAUGUGACGUAAUCUCCACUAGCUCUUCUCUCUCCUGCCCCUUCCUUUAUCUGACUACAGUCAUUCAUUCAUCCAUCAUAAACUCCUCCUCCAGGGUACUGGCACCACCCCGUCCGUCCGUCCAUCUCUACAUGCACCUACCCCUCCCCAUAGCCACACAGCCCCAUUCCGGAGGCCAGAUAUAACAAUUUACUGCUCCUGGCCCAUAUUGAAAACACACACUGUACUGUACUCUCAGAUUCAUAAUGGAAUACACAUUAUCCACUCACUCCAUCUCCAUAAAUGGGAGUAGUUAAUACAGGAUUAUAAGAUUAGUGGUCACUUACCUGAAUAAAUCCAACAUAUAUAGACCGAUAUGUAUUCCAGAUGGGGUUACAAUAGAGGAUAAUGGCAUCUAAAAGGGGAUAUUAUUAAGAAAUUAUAUUCUAUUUAUAAUGUUGGGGAUGACGUCAUCCAAGAGCAGACAUUAAUCAGUCCUUGCUAUGCCUGUCAAAUUGAUGUUUACAUAACACUAAACACAAGAUGUCUUCUCAUUGACGAAAAGUCUUUCCCAACAGGUUGGGUGUGAGUAAGUUCCCUAUCAGGCAAUACUUACUGGGCCAGAAUAGUUCAGACAAAGCAGCAGAACAAAUGCCUUCAAUAUCUGUCACUUGAGACCAUUUCCUGAAAAAGAAAAAUGGAUGGGAAUUUUGAGCCUCAGUCGACAGAGUCCCUUCUAAGCUUCCCAUUACAAUGCGGACCCAUGUGUGUCAUAUCACUUACAUGGACUACUUAACCAAUCACUAUGCUGCUUUAUAAUUUCACUAACAACAAUAGAGCAUAAGAAUGAUCCAUGUCAAAGUCUUCAUCUCUGGUUUGACAAAUAUAGUAAAUUAAUCUUAAUCUCAUUAUCCUUUCAAAUGUAAAUGGUAUUUUUUCUGAAACUCCAUAGUUUCAGCAGGUAGCCUACUGGUUAGAGCAUUGGACUAGUAACCAGAAGGUUGCUAGAUUGAAUCCCCGAGCUGACAAGGUAAAAAUCUGUUCUGCCCCUGAACAAGGAAGAUAACCCACUGUUCCUAGGCCGUCAUUGUAAAUAAGAAUGUGUUCUUAACUGACUUGCCUAGUUAAAUAAAGGUUAAAUUUAAAAAAUAGUAAAUACUAUCCAGCAAUGACUAGGUUCUAUAAAAUGUGUCUCCACUCUCCUGGCCUAGGCAACCACCAUUCAAUAUUUAUCAAAGAAGGUUAAUUCUCGCUGUUGGAAAAACCCAUCUUUAUACCCUUAAGAAAACAGGAAGUGUUUGUGCCAUUCCUGACAUUUUCAACUUUUACUAACACAUUGUGCCAUUUCCAUACUUUUGUUUAAAAACCUCACCCGCUCCCGCCCUCCCCAGUCUCAUUGAGUUCCCAGGGGCAGGAGACAAGGACACAGGAAACAAGUGACCAAACCACCUCAGUGACCCACAGUCACACAGAGAAACACCCCCAGCCAGUCAGUCAGUUCCCACUCACUGUCAUUGCUUACUGCUCCUCUGAAACAACUAGUCGUCGGUCGCCUGCUGGCCUACCCACUGAAAGCAUGGUGGUCAUUUACAGAAGGCCAUUUGGACAGUCACCAUUAAGCAUCUCCAGAGAGCAGAAUGUAUUCCAGUUGUAGAAUGUACAUGGAGCCUUCCCGGGACCUUCAUAGAUGGGCCAAUAGGACUGAGACAGUAGUGGUGUUCUGGACUUGUAGCGACGCUCCCUGUGUGGAUGUAAGACAACCAUUUCUGGAUGCAGUACACCUGGAGGACAAUAUUCUGGAGGUGUUUUGUUGAUCGUGGGAGAGGAAAUAAUCUAUAAUUUAUCAGCUAUCUGCCGUAUCCUCACAGAUCUGAGCAUUCUAUCCUGGUGUUCCACUCUGAAGGAGCAGGAUGUGAAUAAGCGCACUGCCUCUCGGGUUAAAAGAUGCCCAUCCCCAUGCUUCUGCAUCUUUCUCUUUGCGUAACCAACACAUGCAUUUCGACUCUCAGAACAGCGGACCACACUAAUUGCCAUUUUCUGACCAAUUAUGAAAGACAACCAUAAAGUUGAAUAUAUAAAGGUAGUUAUUGAAUGCCCCGAGUCUCCCCAACCUCAGCCCCACCCCCACUCACAUCACCUGCUUUUUUUGAGCUUUCUGCUUCUUUUUGAGAGCAAAAAAAGUGCACAUCUUUCCCAUCCUAAACAUUCCUAACACGGGGCACCAAUUGCUUAUUGAAAUAGUAGUGCAUUCAUAUUAUGUACAUGUAAGUAUGAAUGUGUGCAGGCGUGUGUGUGUACUUGUUGAGUGUAUGCAUGUGGUCUGUCUUAUACGUCUGCUAUAUAAAAUCACCACUGUAAGGUCACCAGGAUGGUGGCACAAUAUUCUGUGUUGAUAUCGAGCUUCACAGCCCCCAGCAAUGUACUGUACUGUUCAUGUGACACCUUCGGAAGGAGAGUCGUAUACGUUAGCAGUGCUUGAGUGACAAGGGAACAUGGGAAUUUAAAUGCUCCUCAAGGACCAUCCACUGAAAUGUCAAAAUGGUCACCCCCCCACAGUCUUCUAUAGCUUCAGUCGUUUAUAAGACGCUGAACCUUAACCAAGCCAUAAACAGAAAAGCGAACUCUAUAGUUCCUCAGCUAAACUUGCUGGCUCGCUUAACCCACAGUUCUUCUCUUUCUCACCCACUGCUGCGGUACAAAGGACCCCCCCCCCCAUGCCAGUAUGACACUUUCCCUGAUGAUAGUAAGACCACACAGUUCAGGUCUCUUCCCCUCUCUCCCCUUCCCUUUCCUAUGUCACUCAAUUGCUCUCAUGACUCUGCACUGUGUCCACAAAACGCUUUGUUCCUGUAAGCAAUAAUGAAUCGCACGUGGAAAGGCUCUCUCAGAGGGUUUGUCUUCACUGAGAAAGGCAGAGCUAGAGCCAGAUCAAACUAACAACAGCCACCCUCCUAAACUCUUACCAGUGCUCACAUUGACAUGAGCACACACCACUUUACUUCUGCUCGAUGGUAGUAUGGGACACAAUCUAUGAUGUCCCCCUUGAACAGUUGUCGCUGUACACUAAUACGUUUGGUGGCCAAAUUGAAUUAGUCCCAAUGAGAAACACAACAAAGGGCUCUAUUCAUUCUGUAUAACUGAAGUGUAGCAGAUCGCACAAUAGAAAUGUAAAGGUCAUUUCUGAUUGAGCAGACAAAUGCAUUGUUUACUGUGAAUGCAGUUUCCACUAACAUGGGAACAUUGCCUUGAAAUUUCAAUAACGCUGUAACGCAAUACCUCUGUGAUAUGGAUUGAAUCCAGCCCAAAGUGUCUCUAAGCUUGGCCAGCCUCCUCUCACAGGGCGGUUCAAACUCUGUCCACCAGGCAUCCCUGAAGACAAACCCAUGACCAGCUGUUCCCCAACCUGCAGGUUAGAUAAACCAGUAAGUUUCAGUAUCUGUAUUUUCUGUGUUCUUCUCGUAAUAUAAAUAUGUGUGUGUAUCUGAACUGGUGACUAGUAUAAAGAUUAAACCAAG